CCGGCAUUUCCUCAUGGAAUGAGGGGGCGUCUAUUUGUAGUCUUAAUUGUGGCCACCAGUAAUAUCAUCUGCCCAUAUAGUCCAACUUGUGCCUCACCAUGCGCGCAACGGCCGCGAUCAUCAGGGUUUCCUUAGCCCUGUGUGGGCUGCUUUCGGUGUGCUGGGCCACCGAGGCCAGCGACCUCUCUGCCGCGGACCUUUUCGAAUCGCUGAAGAGCCAAGCCCUGGCUAAUCUCAAGCAGCCGCUGCUUGGGGGACGAGCUGUGCCGGAUGGUGCCGGAUCUGGAUGCUCUCACCGUAAUACAAUCGUCAGGAAGGACUGGGAAGCGUUGACUAAGGAUGAGAGAAGAGACUACACGCGUGCGGUCAAGUGCCUUAUGAGCAAGCCAUCACAGGCCGACCCGGCCUUUGCUCCCGGGGCUCGGACAAGAUACGAUGACUUUGUCGCGGUCCAUAUCAACCACACGGACUUCAUCCACGCAUCGGGGUAUUUCCUCACCUGGCACAGGUAUUUCGUUUGGGCUUACGAAAAGGCUCUGCGCGAUGAGUGUGGCUACAAAGGCUACCAGCCAUACUGGAACUGGUUCGCCUACAUUGACGAUCCAUGCAUGUCCCCUCUUUUUGACGGAUCCGAUUCCUCUUUGAGCGGUGAUGGCGACUUUUGGGAGCAUAACGGGACCGUCAUCGGCCCCGGCAACGUCUUCGUCCCUUCGGGCAGAGGAGGUGGCUGCGUGACCAGCGGGCCUUUUGCCAACACAACCAUCAACUUGGGACCAAUCAGGCCAGCCAUGCGCGGGCUUUUGCCCUCCCCAACCGGGCCUCUCGGCUACAACCCACGCUGCCUCCGGCGCGACCUCAGCGCUACCAUUCUGUCGACGUACAUGACGUUCGAGAACCUGUUAAACAUAACCACCGGAGACGCCAGCGCAAACAUCCGGCUCUUCCAGGACGAGCUCCAGGGCCGGGCCGCGAGCGGGUUCCCCGGCAUGCACUCGGCGGGCCACUUUGGGGUGGGCGGCGAGGCGGGCGACAUCUACUCGUCGACCAACGAGCCGACCUUCUUCCUCCACCACGCCAUGGUCGACCUGAUGUACUGGGUCUGGCAGUCGUUCCACCUGCGGGGCGGGAUCGCGUACGAGAUCGCGGGCACCAUCACGUCGCGCAACAGCCCGCCCAGCCGCGACGCCCUCAAGUCGGAUCCGGUCGACCUGGGCGGCGGGCUCCUCGGGGCCGAGACGAGGCCCAUCUCAGACCUGCUGGACACCCAAGGUGGUGCGCCGUUGUGCUACAUGUAUGCUUGAGGUGGCGCUUCCUGGAUCUCAGUGGCGUAGUAAAACCCAGGCUGCUUCGGGGCAGUCUCGGUAGAGCAGGGUGGUACAGAUCUGUGCCCAGCCAAUGAUGAGAUGAGAAUGAAGGUUUAGGCGUCAAGAAGGACGGGCUGGAAG